GUUGAUUAGCCAACACUUUUGUGGACGGUGUAUUUGUAGUCCCUGGAUAAUUUAGGAUGAAAAGUAAUUUUAAUGGACAUUACCUGUCAAUGCAUCCUGUACUGGUACCCUGUACUUAUUGUUCGAACGCUAAUGUGUAACUGAACUGUUUGUGAACUUUUAAUGGUUUCGUUUCAUGAUAUUUAAUACGACACAAUAGAACGGAUUGUAAAUCCUAAAUACUGUAGAAGUGUAUUUCAAAAUACUGUCAACAUGGCAUUAAAAUUGAUAGCAAAGCAAUUGGAGAAGUUGUACCAGGAGAUACCAGAGGAUUGUGGAUUCACUGCAGGCCCUCUAGAAGACGAUAUGCUUCACUGGGAGGCUUCCAUCCCUGGUCCAGAGGAAAGUCCAUACAAGGGAGGGAGAUUCUGGUUAAGAAUCGACUUCACCGCCGACUAUCCGUUUCGACCACCAAAGAUAUUUUUCCUAACAAAAGUUUUCCAUCCCAAUGUGGAGCCCGAUGGUAAAAUCUGUGUCGACUUUUUGCAAGAUGAGUGGAAGCCAUCUUACACCAUUGGUUAUAUUUUAAUGGCUAUUUGUUCCCUCUUAUUGCAUCCGAACCCGGAGAAGCCCGCCUCUCAGGAAGUGGCCAACAUUUACAUUAGUGACCAGGAACAAUUUACAAAGACGGCGGCGGAGUGGACCAAGCUCCACGCCCCUCCCGAUGUCUGACAUCCAGCCCCUCCCCCUCACGAGGUCAGACAGCCUGCCCCUCACGAGAUCUGACAGCUAUAGUGUAUUGAUUGACUACAAAUAUUUAUGACUUUCCAGUAAUCAGAUAGUUGUGGCACAAUGACGCUAUGUUUAUUUCUGUUAAGUAAUCAAGAACACGGUCCAACCACAAAUAAUUCAGUUUUGUGUAAUGAUUUUUAUGUGAUUUGCACUUUGAGAGACCUUUGUCUAUUUCUGAGCAAACUCUGUCCACAUUUUUUUUAUGUAUCACUAGUUUAUUUACACUGUUUGGUAUUAGGGACGGAUGCAUUCCGAAGACAAAGAAUAUUAAAGAAAUGAACAAAUUGAAAGUUUGAGUACUUAUUAACACUGUCCUACUUAAAAAAAUCCUUUGCAUUGUAACUGAUAUACAUUUAUCUAUUCUAUUGUAUCAACUGUAUUAAAUGAUAAUGUUCUGAUAUUAUUAUUGUACUGUUAUAGACUUGUACUGAUAUAUUUAUUGUACUGUCACGGACUUGCUGAAUAAGAUUGACAAUCCUUGUCAGUGCCUGUUAUGCAAUAGAAAAAAGAAAUCUUGAUAUCUAAUUGAAUUUACUUUCUCCUUAUUUAAAUGAUUUUCACAGCAAGUUGCUUUAACAGUUCUAGUUUGAUGUUCAGCUUACAUGAACAUAGAAAUGUUGAUGUAGUUAGUGUAUUUAAAUUUUCAAUAUUAAAACAUAUUUAAAUGAA